AUGGUGGUUCCUGUUGAUGAGCAAACAGACCACACUGAAUCAGAACCAAACAGGAACCAAGUCAUCUUCCAGGAAGCUGCUGAAGCUGAGAACCAAAAUCAGGAAAGAAGAAAACCUUUCUCAUGUGUCAUCUGUAAAAAGCGUUUGACUUUCAAAUCUGCUUUUGAUAUUCACAUGAGAACUCAUACGGGUGAAAAGCCGUUUUCAUGUGUGAACUGUGGAAAACGUUUUAGUCAAAAACAGAAUUUAACUCUGCACAUGAGGAUUCACACAGGUGAAAAGCCGUUUUCAUGUGUGAACUGUGGAAAAAGUUUUAGUGUAAAACGGGAUUUAACUCGGCACUUGAGGAUUCACACUGGUGAAAAGCCGUUUCCAUGUGUGAACUGUGGAAAAAGUUUUUGUCAAAAACGGGAUUUAACUCAGCACAUGAGGAUACACAAUGGUGAAAAGCCGUUUUCAUGUGUGAACUGUGGAAAAAGUUUUAGUCAAAAAAAGUAUUUAACUCGGCACAUGAGGAUACACACUGGUGAAAAGCCGUUUUCAUGUGUGAACUGUGGAAAAAGUUUUAGUCAAAAACAGGAUUUAACUCGGCACAUGAGGAUUCACACUGGUGAAAAGCCGUUUUCAUGUGUGAACUGUGGAAAAAGUUUUAGUCAAAAACAGAAUUUUACUCAUCACAUGAGAACUCAUACGGGUGAAAAGCCGUUUUCAUGUGUGAACUGUGGAAAAAGUUUUAGUCACAAACAGCAUUUAACUCAGCACAUGAUGAUUCACAAUGGUGAAAAACCAUUUUCAUGUGUGAACUGUGGAAAAAGUUUUCGUCACAAGGUGAGUUUAAUUCACCACUUGAGGCGUCACACAGGUGAAAAGCAGUAGAAGUAUUUUCCAUACAUGUCCUAUAUUGAGGUUCACUAUAGAACUGAUUUGGUUUAAAACUAGAAUGAAAGACUGGAGGGGUUUCAUGUCUAUAAAGCUGAAAAUUGUUGUAUUUGUUAAAU